UAACUUACAAUCAACAUAACAAAAUUCAACGAUGGUGUGAGGGAGACGCCACUAUCAUGCAUCCCUCUCCAGCCUGGUUGGCAACGUCGCUGCUCUUCAUACUCCAGCACUCUGAAAUGAGACACAGCAUAGACGAGCCAAAACACCACCACAGACACCGGCACAAAAUAGAUUUAGACCCCUACAAGUACACGCCAUAUUACGACCCUUUACCUAACUUCAAAGACAUCUAUUUAGAUAGGAGCCUCGUAGAUUACGAGAUAGUUGCACUAGAUAAUGAUAGCAAAAACGAAUGGAUGCCCAAUGACCAUGUGGGUGAACUGAAUAAGAAACACCAGCAUUGGCCAAUAAAAAGAGAAGCGGUGAUAGAAGGUGAUCUGGUGCUUGGUGGUUUAAUGAUGGUCCACGAAAGGUCGGAGAACAUGACAUGUGGUCCAGUGAUGCCUCAGGGAGGAGUGCAGGCGUUGGAGACGAUGUUGUAUACGCUUGAUAUAAUAAACCACAAGUUAAAACUGAUCCCCGGUGUGACGAUUGGCGCGCAUGUUUUGGAUGAUUGUGACCGGGAUACGUAUGGACUUGAAAUGGCUGUGGAUUUUAUUAAAGGGUCAAUAAGCAACAUAGAUGACGCAGAAUACGCAUGCAACGCGACGGCCAUGAGGAAGGUCAUAUCCGGAGUGGUGGGGGCGGCGUCCAGCGUCACUUCGGUUCAGGUUGCCAACCUGCUGCGGCUGUUUAAAAUACCACAGGUCUCCUUCUUUUCAACGUCUCCUGAAUUGUCGAACAAAGCCAGAUUUGAAUACUUCACGCGUACAAUACCUUCUGAUCUUCAUCAGGUUCGGGCGAUGGUGGAAAUUGUGAAAAAACUAGGAUGGAGUUACGUAUCUAUAAUUUACGAGGAAUCUAGUUAUGGAAUUAAGGCAUUUGAAGAACUAGAAGCGCUCCUGGCUCGGAAUGGUAUAUGCAUAGCUGUCAAGGAGAAAUUGGUGAAAGAUUCUGGUGUAGCUGAUGAAGGAUCCUAUGAUGAGAUCGUGCAGAAGCUGUUGACUAAACCGAGAGCAAGAGGUGCAAUAAUAUUCGGCUCUGACCAAGAAGUGGCUGGCGUGAUGCGGGCAGUUGAAAGGGCCAACGCUACCCACUCCUUCAGUUGGGUAGGGUCCGACGGCUGGAGCGCCAGGGCCCUGGUGUCUGACGGGAACGAGAGGGCCGUAGAAGGAACCAUUAGUGUCCAACCACAGGCGAAUGACGUAAUGGGCUUCACGGAGUACUUCUUGGGAUUGAAUGUGAAGAAUAACAGGCGGAAUCCGUGGUUUGUUGAGUUCUGGGAGCAACACUUCCAAUGCCGCCACGGGGGCGCUCCCCGCACGCCGUACAACGGUCACCUCGCACGGCGCUGCUCCGGCGGCGAGCGACUCACUGCUAACAACACGGAGUUCGAACGGCAGCUGCAGUUUGUCUCUGAUGCUGUUAUGGCCUUCGCGUAUGCUAUCAGAGAUAUGCAUGCGACGGUGUGCGGUGGAAAGCCCGGGCUGUGCGACGCCAUGCGGCCCGCCAGCGGCGCUGAGCUGCUUCGCUAUUUGAGGAAGGUCAACUUCACUGGUACGUGA